CUUCUUCUUCUUCCUCCUCCGCAGUCGGGAAGCACUGCAUCAUAUGCGAGCCAUUCAUAGUAUCUACCACCGUAUGACAUAUGCACAUUAAAGCACGCUCGUUUGGGAUCGGAGGUCAAAGAUUCACAGGAAGACGCUACCAGGAAAUGUGUCAGCUCUCUUUGUCACAGCCCUCCUGCCUUAGCUGUUCUCGACUCAACGUGGAGACUUGCACCGGUUCUGAACCAGCGAUGCAAAGGACAAGCAUGACAGCCGGACGCCGGCACCAAAAUCCAUCCCACAUCGACAGGUACGUAUCUGCCUCUUAAUUACCCCUAUCCAUCCCAUUCAAGACACUGUUUCAUUUGCAGGAAGACUCAUCGAUCCGAUUCAUCUGAAGCUCGAAUCAUCAGGACAGCGUCUUCGAUAAGCAUGUCGGUUAAGGCUGCAGAAAAACUAGCCAUUAGGCCAACUGUUUCGCCCCUUCUAAUCCUGCAUGCAAAGCGUGUGUCCUGUCAUAUUACCUUUCCUCUUCCUCCUCUCGGUCAUUAAGCAGCACCGCUCACUGUCCUCGCCCUAUAUAACUACUCCCGCCCUGCACCGCCCACUCCUCACCACGGUGGUAGAACGUCAAAGCUGCUGCUAUCAUGAGGAACCCCGUGCUGGUGGAAGGCGCCGGGGAUGGGGCGGCGGUGGGGGAGAGGCUAUUGGUGCUGUGGCGGCAGAUCAGGACGCCCAUGGUGGUGCCGCUGCUGUGGGCUCUCAUGUACGCGUGCGCCUUCAUGUCGGUGAUGCUGUUCGUGGAGAGGGUGUACAUGGCGAUCGUCAUCGUCCUCGUGAAGCUCCUCCGGAUCAAGCGGUACACCAAGUACAAGCUCGAUUCCAUGAGGCAGGAGAUGGAGGCGGAGGAGUCCCACCCCAUGGUGCUCGUCCAAAUACCCAUGUUCAACGAGAAAGAGGUAUACCGCUUAUCGAUCGGGGCAGCCUGCGCCAUGUCAUGGCCGUCUAACAAGAUGAUAGUUCAAGUUCUCGAUGACUCCACUGAUCCCGUCAUCAAGGUGAUGAUACCUGCACCUGCAACAGAGAAAGAACCACCGUGGCAACGACAUGCGAUGGAUGAUGCUUUGCUCACCUGCGAUGCUUGCUUUUGGUUGCCGUGGUCGUCGCAGGAGAUGGUGGAAUACGAGUGCCAGUCGUGGGCGAGCAAGGGAGUCAACGUGGAGUACGAGUUCAGGAACAGCCGAAGCGGCUAUAAGGCGGGCGCCCUUCGCGAAGGCCUCGAGAAGAGCUACGCCAAAGACUGCGACUUCGUCGCCAUCUUUGAUGCCGACUUCCAACCCGACCCCGACUACCUGUGGAGGACCAUCCCUUUCCUUCUCACUAACCCUGAGCUCGCUCUGGUGCAAGCUCGAUGGAAGUUCGUGAAUGCUGACGAAUGCCUCCUGACUCGCCUCCAAGAGAUGUCUCUGGAUUACCACUUCAGCGUGGAGCAGGAAGUAGGGUCUUCCACGUACUCCUUCUUCGGGUUCAACGGCACUGCGGGGGUGUGGCGGAUGCAAGCCCUCGUCGACGCCGGAGGGUGGAAGGACCGGACCACCGUGGAAGACAUGGAUCUUGCAGUCAGGGCUUCCCUCAGAGGGUGGAAGUUCGUGUUCGUCGGCGACCUGGCAGUGAAGAACGAGCUACCCAGCACGUUCAAGGCGUACCGCUUUCAGCAGCACCGGUGGUCUUGUGGCCCGGCAAACUUGUUCCGGAAGAUGCUGAAAGAGAUCCUAUGCUGCAAGGUACCCUCGAAACCCUCCUCCUUUGGAGAUCUCCCCCGAAGCUCCUACUGUAGCAAGCGAUGUAGUUUCCUGCAGAGGGUGUCCGCUUGGAAGAAGUUCCAUGUCAUCUACGACUUCUUCUUCGUGAGGAAGAUUGUCGCCCACUUCGUGACCUUCUUCUUCUACUGCGUGAUCAUCCCGGCGUGCGUCCUGCUCCCGGACGUUCAUCUUCCCAAGUUCAUCGCCGUCUACAUCCCCUCCGCCACCACCGUCCUCAACGCCAUCUGCACUCCCAGGUCCUUCCACCUGAUCAUCUUCUGGAUCCUGUUCGAGAACGUCAUGGCGAUGCACCGAGCCAAGGCGACCAUAAUAGGGCUUCUGGAGGCGAACCGCGUCUACGAGUGGAUCGUCACCGCCAAGCUGGGGAACGCUUCCAGGAACAAGAACAGCUCCAGGUCGCACAGGAGAUCUCGAUGCCGCAUCGUGGAAAGAAUCCACCUGAUGGAGGUCCUCAUGGGACUCUUCCUCUUGUACUGCACCAUCUACGACAUCAUGUUCGGCCGCGACCUCUUCUACGUCUACUUGUUCGCCCAAUCCAUGGCGUUCUUCGUCGUCGGCUUCGGUUACGUUGGCGUAUACGUUUCCAACUGAGGAGGAAAGGGGGAGACGGCCGAGGCCUUCAGAUUCAAUUUGCCGAACACCCCAAGUGCACAGAACUAACAUACUGCUCCCACUGCUCUCAUCUCCUGAGACACGGGAAAUCCAAUGUUGGAUGUAAGGUUUGUGACACGGUUAGUAGGGUCGUACCAUUGACCCCACUCUAUAUAUGUUUUAAGCUUUACUUAAAUGCAAGAAAGAUG